AUGAGGUCAUUCUGGUCGGCAGGUGACAACAACCAUGCACUCCCUUGCUUAAGCCCAGACCUCACCUGAUUUGACCCCAUAAAAAGCAGGUUUAAAUACUGGGCAGGACAUGUCGAACACACAGAUGACCUCUAACCACCGUCCGGCACGUGUCUCUUUAUGUCUAAGCAAGAUGUCCAGCCCACAGCUACAGAAGACCUUUGAAGAUCAACUCACGGCAGAGAACCAGACUACACCCUCACAAAAUGAUUCGCGGGAGCGAAACAAAAUUAACUUGUUCACAGAGCAGGAGGAGGAGGAUUUGGUUGAGUGGUACAAGGAGCAAGUGUUCUUAUAUGACAAGGAGUCGAAGGACCACAAAAAUCGUGACAAGAAGGCUCGAGUUCUAGAAGAAAAGGGAAGAUCCAUGCUCCCUCCUGUAAAAGGUGGGCAGAUUUCCACCUGGAUAGACACACAUCGAACAAGGUUCUGUAAACUAACAACACCUAAGUCAGGGAGUGGGCGUCCCGUUCUGUCCGUGAGGGAGAAAUGGAUUUUCGAAAAAUUCAGCUUCCUCAAGGAGCACAUCAAAUGUGUCCCCCAGCGUCAGUCACAAAUGUUUGGUAUGCAGCCUGACCAGCAAGAGACGCGAGGAGAGCAGGGGGAGGAGGCUGAAGAGGAAGUGAUCCUUGAGGAGUUGGAGGAUGCUGUUGUGGUCGCCACACCCUCCAUCACCGUCGCACCUACGGUCUCCACCCCUUCCACCAGCACUACCCCUGCAGGAAAGAGGAAGCGCACCCCGACGGAUGACGGUGCAUUAAUCGAAAAGUUAUAGUCCUAAAUUAUAAUUAAAAAUACUUUAUACUUUAUUAAAUUACUAGUACCCUGAAAAUACUUGUGAAGGAUAUAAAUACUCCAAGUAUGCCUCAGCGUGGGUAGUGUUCUGGGGAUCGCGUGAGGUCAGGUGAGGUUGUACCAAUAAAAUCCCCAUGAACCCCCUAUAAAAAAAAAAACUAUAAAAAAAAGUUGCUAAUCUGCCUCCCUUUUUACACUAGGUUUUGGGUCAUUUCUCCGACUCCCGAGAUGUGAGGCAGCGACUACAGCAACUUGAGCAUCGAACGCCUCAACAACACAAAGUUCACGCUUUCUACGAAUACAUGGAAUGCCUGACCAUGGACAUGGAUCCUGUUCUCUGGCGGCGGUAUACGGCAAAGGUUAUGGAACUGGGGAAUCAUUUCAUGGCUGAAGAUGAUAAAAAGAAGAGAAAACACGUAUCCCCAAUCGAGGUCCCGCCCAGGGGACAUUGGCCAGGCCUGCCAGGUGAUGGGGGACAUUUGUAUUAUCCUCCUCAUUUCCCCACCUACCACCAGCUCCAGCCUCAACACCCUGGUGUGGAUGUGCAGCCACGCCCUCGCACUCCCCACACACCUUCAACCUCGACGUAUUCAUCCCUGGAGGGAGAGGCCCUGCUAGCCCCUCGCUCCACCAGCGAGUGAGAUCAAGCAGACAUGCCCUGCCCAGUAUUUAAUCUUGGUUGUUGUGAAAUCAAAUCAGGUGAGGUCUGGUAA